GUUACUGCUAAAUCUAACACCAUUUGUGUUUCUUAACCAAUAUAGUUUUAGCCCACAAAUAUGGGAGAAAAAACAAUAGAGAAAGAGAACACUCUAAACCCAUAGCAGAAACAAGUUAUAAAGCACACAUUUGUGAAAGUUGUACUAGAAAACGUGGAGGGGAAGGCGCCAAGGUCUUUCAUUUUGAGUGGUGGAGUAGCCGUUGGAGGAAUUGCCAGUGGAUCCGGUUGCAAGCUGAGUGUUUGUUCUAAUCUCUCCCAGAAGAUGGCUGCUGCUGCCAAUCCUGUAGUUGGGUCCCAUAUUUGGGUGGAGGAUUCUGAUGUAGCUUGGAUAGAUGGUGAGGUGUUGGAGGUUAAUGGAAAAGAAAUCAAAGUCCUUUGCACUUCAGGGAAGACGGUUGUUGUUAAAGCUUCUAGUAUCUAUCAUAAAGAUACCGAAGUACCACCAAGUGGAGUGGAUGAUAUGACAAAGCUUGCAUACUUGCAUGAACCUGGAGUCCUAGAUAAUCUGAGAUCAAGAUAUGAUAUCAAUGAAAUUUAUACUUACACUGGGAAUAUAUUGAUUGCUGUGAAUCCUUUCAUAAAGCUUCCUCAUUUAUAUGAUAGCCACAUGAUGGCACAAUAUAAAGGAGCAGCUUUUGGUGAAUUAAGUCCUCAUCCCUUUGCUGUUGCAGAUGCAUCAUAUAGGAUUAUGAUAAAUGAGGGAAUCAGCCAGUCAAUAUUGGUUAGUGGUGAAAGUGGGGCUGGUAAAACAGAAAGCACUAAGUUACUUAUGCAGUAUCUUGCUUACAUGGGAGGGAGAGCUGCUGCUGAAGGUAGAACUGUUGAGCAAAAAGUCUUGGAGUCAAAUCCUGUUCUAGAAGCCUUUGGCAAUGCAAAGACUGUUAGGAAUAAUAAUUCAAGUCGUUUUGGUAAGUUUGUGGAGAUUCAAUUUGACCAGAGGGGAAGAAUUUCAGGAGCUGCUAUCAGAACUUAUCUGCUGGAAAGAUCACGUGUUUGCCAGGUGUCAGAUCCAGAGAGGAAUUAUCAUUGUUUCUACAUGCUCUGUGCUGCACCUCAGGAGGAUGUUAAGAAGUACAAAUUAGGAAAUCCAAGAACAUUUCAUUAUCUGAAUCAAUCAAAUUGCUAUGAGUUGGAUGGGGUUCAUGAAUCUAAAGAAUAUAGUGCUACGAGGAGAGCAAUGGAUGUUGUUGGAAUAAGUUCCGAGGAACAGGAUGCAAUAUUUCGAGUUGUUGCUGCAAUUUUACAUCUUGGCAACAUUGAGUUCGUGAAAGGGAAGGAGAUAGACUCAUCUGAGCCCAAAGAUGAAAAAUCAUGGUUCCAUCUACACACUGCAGCUGAGCUUUUCAUGUGCGAUGCAAAGGCACUUGAAGAUUCUCUUUGCAAGCGAGUAAUUGUUACUCGCGAUGAAACUAUUACAAAAUGGCGGGAUCCAGAAACUGCUGCACUCAGCCGAGAUGCUUUGGCUAAGAUUGUAUACACAAGGUUGUUUGACUGGUUGGUUCAUAAAAUUAAUAAUUCCAUUGGUCAAGACCACGAGUCAAAAUCCUUGAUUGGCGUGUUGGAUAUUUAUGGUUUUGAGAGUUUCAAGAAUAACAGUUUUGAGCAAUUUUGUAUUAAUUUGACCAAUGAAAAGCUUCAGCAACAUUUUAAUCAGCAUGUUUUCAAAAUGGAGCAAGAAGAAUACAAAAAAGAGGAGAUUGAUUGGAGUUACAUUGAAUUUGUGGACAAUCAAGAUAUUCUCGAUCUCAUUGAAAAGAAACCUGGUGGCAUUAUUGCUCUUCUCGACGAAGCUUGUAUGUUUCCUAGAUCAACGCAUGAAACAUUUGCCCAGAAGCUGUAUCAGACCUUCAAAAAUCAUAAAAGGUUUAACAAGCCCAAAUUAUCACGUAGCGACUUCACAAUUUGCCAUUAUGCUGGUGAUGUCACUUAUCAAACUGAAUUGUUCCUCGACAAGAACAAAGAUUAUGUUGUUGCAGAACACCAAGCACUUCUUUAUGCUUCCAAAUGCCCCUUUGUAUCUGGUUUGUUUCUCCCUUCACCCGUGGAAUUGUCCAAACAAUCAAAGUCCUCUUCAAUAGGUUCCGGGUUUAAGCAACAAUUGCAAGCUUUACUUGAAACUCUCAGUGCCACUGAGCCACACUACAUUCGAUGUGUAAAACCCAAUAAUCUUCUUAAGCCAGCAAUUUUUGACAACAAAAAUGUUUUGCUGCAACUGCGUUGUGGGGGAGUUAUGGAGGCGAUUAGGAUAAGCUGUGCUGGUUAUCCCACUAGAAAAACCUUCGAUGAAUUUGUGGAUCGAUUUGGCUUUCUUGCCCCUGAAGCAUUGGAUGGAAGUUCUGAUGAGGUCACUGCUUGCAAGAGGAUCCUAGAGAAUGUUGGACUUGAAGGCUGUCAGAUUGGUAAAACAAAGGUGUUUCUUCGAGCUGGUCAAAUGGCCGAACUAGAUACCCGUAGAAGUGAGAUCUUAGGAAAUUCAGCAAGCAUUAUUCAGAGGAAAGUUCGAACAUAUUUGGCUCGCCAAAGUUUCAUCUCGCUUCGUUUAUCUGCUAUGAAGAUUCAAGCUGCAUGCAGAGGGCAACUUGCUCGGCAUGUUUACAAGGGAAUGCAGCAGGAGGCUUCUAGUCUUAUGAUUCAAAGGUAUUUCCGCAUGCAUAUUGUUCGGAAGACUUACAAAGAAUUGCAUACCUCUGUUGCUGCUAUCCAUUCUGGUAUGCGGGGGAUGGCUGCUCGUUGUGAGCUACACUUUAGAAGGCGGACUAGAGCAGCAAUUGUUAUUCAGAGUCACUGCAGGAAAUACUUGGAUCAACUUCAUUUCAUGAAAUUCAAGAAGGCAGCAAUUACUACACAAAGUGUAUGGAGAGGAAAAGUUGCUCGACAAGAAUUGCGGAAGCUCAAGAUGGCUGCAAGAGAAACAGGAGCUCUCCAUGCUGCCAAAAAUAAGCUUGAAAAGCAGGUUGAAGACCUAACAUUAAGGUUGCAGCUGGAAAAACGUUUGAGGGUUGACAUGGAAGAAGCAAAAGCAAAAGAAAAUGAAAGAUUACAGUCUGCUUUGCAAAAGAUGCAACUUCAGUUUAGAGAAACUAAAUUACUUCUUGAAAAGGAGUUGGAAGCGACAAAAAGAGUGGCAGAGAGAGUGCCUGUCAUACAGGAAGUUCCAGUCGUUGACCAUUCUUUGUUGGAGAAGCUCAGUAGUGAAAAUAAGAAGCUCAAGAACUUGGUGAGCUCAUUGGAAAAGAAAGUUGAUGAAACGGAAAAAAAGUAUGAAGAGGCAAACAGAAUUGGCGAAGAAAGGUUGAAGCAAGCUUUGGAUGCUGAAUCAAAAAUAAUUCAGUUGAAGACUGCUAUGCAAAGGUUUGAAGAGAAAUUCUCAGACAUGGAAUCUGCAAACCAUAUUCUUCAGAAACAAUCUCUGCUAAACUCAUCUGUGAAAACAAUAGCAGUGCACCUCUCAACCCCUGUACCUGAGGAUACAUGUAUUACACCUGUGAAACAGUUUUGUACAGAAUCUGACACAAAAUUGAGGAGAUCUUACAUUGAACGACAUGAGAGUGUUGAUUCACUUGUCAACUGUGUUACAAAAAAUAUUGGCUUCAAUAAUGGAAAGCCUAUUGCUGCAUUUACCAUUUACAAAUGUUUUCUCCACUGGAAAUCAUUUGAAGUUGAAAAAGCUACUGUAUUUGAUCGUCUAGUCCAGAUGAUUGGUUCCGCAAUUAAGAAUGAAGAUGUCAAUGAUCUUAUGGCCUAUUGGCUGUCAAAUACAUCUGCAUUAUUGUUUUUACUUGAACAAAGCUUGAAAUCUGGCAGUGUAAGGAAUGCAACCCCAGUUAGAAAACCACCUAAUCCGAUGUCUCUCUUUGGAAGAAUGACUAUGGGUUUUCUUUCGUCCCCUUCUUCUGCCAAUCUUGCUGCCCCUCCAUUGGAGAUUGUUCGCAGGGUAGAGGCUAAAUACCCUGCUUUACUUUUCAAGCAGCAGCUCACAGCCUAUUUGGAGAAAAUAUACGGCAUCAUUCGGGAUAACUUGAAGGAAGAGUUAACAUCGGUUUUGGCACUAUGUAUCCAGGCGUCAAGAACAUCAAAGGGAGCAUUACGAUCUGGCCGAUCCUCUGGUAAAGAUUCAUCGAUGGUUCACUGGCAGAGUAUUAUUGAAUCCCUCAACUCCUUCCUCUGUACACUGAAAGAGAACUUUGUGCCUCCCGUUCUUAUACAAAAGAUCUUCACUCAAACAUUCUCAUAUAUUAAUGUGCAACUCUUCAACAGUCUUCUUCUCCGUCGCGAUUGUUGCACAUUCAGCAACGGGGAAUAUGUGAAAGCUGGAUUGGAUGAAUUAGAGCUGUGGUGUGGCCAAGCAAAGGAGUAUGCAGGGUCAUCUUGGGAUGAGCUUAAGCACACAAGACAGGCUGUUGGAUUCUUGGUUAUUCAUCAAAAGUAUAGGAUUUCCUAUGAUGACAUUAUUAAUGAUUUAUGCCCGAUCUUGAGUAUCCAGCAACUGUAUAGAAUAUGUACUCUUUAUUGGGAUGACAACUACAAUACUCGAAGUGUAUCUCCAGAUGUCCUUUCAAGCAUGAGGAUGCUUAUGGCUGAGGACUCCAAUAAUGCUCAGAGCGAUUCUUUCUUGUUGGAUGACAGUUCCAGCAUUCCAUUCUCAGUGGAUGACCUUUCUACAUCAUUGCAAGAGAAAGACUUCUCAGACAUGAAACCAGCCGAUGAGCUUCUUGAGAACCCAGACUUCCAAUUUUUAAAUGAGUAUUAUGAAGCUUAGUAUGCUUUUAUAACUUUGUCUUGUCAAGGAAGACAACAAAAUUAGUUGUUGGACCUUGCUAGUGGUGGUUGUAAAUGCCAUUUUGUUUUUAUUUUCUCUCUACAUCUUUUUGGACAUAUCUCUGCCUAAUUAUGUCCCCGCUGUAUAGUUAUUUUUUCAUUCUUUUG